CUGGGAUGGGCGUGACUUUACUCAGAGGACAACUCGAGUUCUUUCAGCUUCUGCUGAGUUCACUUCCUUUCCUCAGAGCAGCCCAGGAGCCGAGCACGAGGAGAAACACAUGCCAGGUACAGAAAUGGAGAACCUCAGUGUCCCACUCCCAGAUCUCAGUGAAGAACAGCAAGAUGUUUUCCAGAGGGCUUUUAUUGCUGAUGACAAUUACUUGGAGAAUCACGAGAAAAUGAACCAGUCCUUCUGGGAAUCACUUGUAAAAAGCUUAGCCACCACUGAUCCACCUAUCCUGGCCACUGAAGAGAAGAACAGUCUCCUCAACAAGUGCAGCGUCCUGCCUGGGGGCUGUGCAGCCUGCCUGAAAGCCAUAGAGACAAAAGGCGUCAGGGCAAUGGCAGUCCUUUACCUCUUGCUGAAGAGUUCCAACCCAUCUGUGUAUCAGCAGCUGCCCAGUUCCAAGGGAAAGGACCAAAAAUUAAAACUCCUCAAGAGAUUGGAAAGAAAUCUCAUGCUUUCGCAAGAGGAUAAAAAGGCUGAAAACUCAUCCCAGGAAUCCACAGAUGAAGAUACACGUGACAGUGAUGAAGAUGAUUUAGGAAGACACAAGACUGAAGGCCAACUGCUUAGAGGUACACCAGCUGAGGUUGUUCCCUAUGGGGAUUCAGAAAUAACCAGAAGAGAAGAUUCAAUUGCAGAUGCAUAUGGGAACAAGAACAUUCACCCUCAGUGGACAGUACGGUGGAUGGGCAUACGCAAGGAUGAUGAAUUCUUUCAUUUUGUUAUUCUUUGCUUUGCAAUUGGAGCUUUACUAGUUUGCUACUACUACUACAAAGAUUGGACAAUUUCUCUUGGAAUUGGUUUAAUCACCUUUGCUUCUCUGGAAACCACUGGGAUUUAUUUUGGUCUAGUGUAUCGACUUCGGAGCGUGCUGGACAGUUUUGUUCCUCUGAUCGAGAAGUUCAGGCCAACAGGUAUGAGGAAAGCUGCCUAAGAGUAUUUCAGAAGAAUUCAACAAAACUCUCCUGUUUGGAUUUAUAGUAUUAAAAGAACUCCUUUAUCAGGCAGUCAUAAAAUCAUAACAGCUAACACAAAACACCGAAAUGUUAAACAAUAGAAAUAUAUUCAGUCCACUCAAAAAUGAAGUUAAAACUGAAGAGAUUUGUAACUCAGCUGAGCUUGUAAGAUUUAGAUCCAAGUUUAUAUUUAAUUCUGCUCAAUAUAAGCACCUUCUCCUUCCCUCCCACAUUUAUUCACAUUAAGUCCAGCUAUCGUGUAUGAAAAUCAACACAAAGACCUGUACUAUUUUCAGCUGGUUCUGGAUGUUUCAAUAGGAAUCUUGGCACUAGAAAGCCACCUUCUUUUUACCCUUCUGAUGCUGCAAGUCAGGCAAACACCAGAUGCCGGCUUACACAG